AUGAGUAUGGAAUCGCCCCGGCUAGAUGUGGAUGCUUAUCAAAAAGCAUUGGACGAUUACACUGCUCGAGGUGGUAUCGUCAGAGCAAUUCUCCUCAUCAACCCUCACAAUCCGCUAGGGGUAGUUUUUCCACCAGAAGAAGUGAUAAAGUUGUGUGAUUGGGCUACGAGAAAUAAUCUUGUUGUACUUGUCGACGAAUCAUUCACUUCAUGUGUUUUUGCACCGAAUUCAUCAUUCAAAAGUUUCCUCAGCUAUAGAAAUCAGUUAGAAAAACCCGAGAAUGUCAUGUAUUUUUGGAGUUUAAGCAAAGAUUUCGGCAUUCCUGGCUUGAAGAUAUCCGUAGUACAAUCAUCUUAUCCUAAAUUGAUACAAACUCUUGCUACACUCGAGCUGAUCCAUCCUGUUUCCGGUUUAGCUCAUGAUGCUGCGACUGCUAUUCUUUCAGAUUUUGAUUGGCUACGGAAAUUCAACGAAAUUAAACUGACCAGGUUGUCAGCUCAUUACAAAUUUGUGGAAGGUCAUCUUCGAGAAAUGCGCCUACCUUUCUGUCCUGCUGAAGCUGGUUGUUUCGUCAUGAUCGAUUUUAGAAAGCAUCUGCGAUCGCAAACUUUUGCGGACGAGUUGUCGUUAUUCCAAUCGCUCUGUGAUAGAGGAGUGAUGUUAACUCCUGGACAGCAUGUGUUGUGCCAACAACCAGGAUGGAUGCGGCUGGUAUUCAGUUGUCACAAGAGUGAACUCAUUGAAGGAAUCUAUCGAAUGCGGAUGUUUUUCAACAUGACAAUAGAACGGGAGACUAUGAACAUUAACUACUAA